AUGUGCUGCCGCUAUGCGUGCCUUAAGGCGGCUGCGGCGAAGCGGCGGGCGCGGCAUGCCGAUGGCAGCUUCUCUGACAUGCGUUUGUUUGAGCUUGAGGCUAUUUGUGAGAACUAUUUGGCUAGAUGUCGCCGAAGUGCGCUCAAGAAGCAGCAACGAGAAUCGGAAGAGGAGGAUGCUGAGGCGGCGAUUGCUGAGCAUGAGGAGGAUCGAUCGCCCGCCGCGCAGGCGAAGAAAAUUUGGGCGCGAGCGCCGUAUAUCGCGUGCCAUGGCCGACUUAGCCGGCAUGGCCUCGAGAGUGCCAGCAGCCAAUCCGAGGUCGUCACUGAAUGCUGGAUACUUAGGCCGCGAGCUAUGCAGCAUGGCACGGUCAGCAGCCAGUAA